AUGGCCGUCGAAGCCAGCAUCCGGGAUGCCCUCCACGUGGAGGGGGUGCGGCAGGUGCACCUGGCUGACUGUUGCUUUGCUGCGGCGGCUGAAGGUCCGAGGGACUCCUUAGGCAUGAAGCUCUUUUACAAAGCGUCCUGCUUAAGACCCUUGACUGGAGAGCAGCUGGAGGGUUUGAAGAGUGUUGCCGGCCUAUCGCAAAGCGAUGUAGAGCGGCUGCGCGACAUCGUUGAGAAGGGCUAUGGACUGAAGAGAUGCAUCACCAUCACGAAGGGUUUAUGUCUCACCGUCUCCCUGCUCUCGUUCAUCUUUUUCGGUGUAUCAGGCGAUGGCAACAAGACUAUGGGCGACUCUGACCCCCCUCUUUCCCUCAUAGUGAACCUUACAUCCUUGCUUUGCUUCGUUUUCCUUGGGCCUCUGUCUGCCUGCACAAGGCCCAGGCAAAAUCGUCGGAUCACCGACGAUCUCAACCAACACUUCCGAGGGCAUGCAAGCAACCUGAGCUUCGAGAUCGUGGCCUAUAAAAGUAACGGCUGCAGUUGUAACAUUGCUUGGGGACUUGUGACGCGCUAUCAACGCAGACCUGCUGAGAACGCUUGA